AUGAUGGGCAGCAUGGCCGUCUGGUCCUCGGGCGUCGCCCGGGGGCAGUGCGGCCGGCGCCCGCCGGCGGCUGCCGGCUGCGGCUGGAUGGCCGGGGCGCUGGCGGAGGACAGCGAGGGCGGCACGUCUCCAGCGGAGGGCGUCGCCCUGCCCAGGCUGGGCCUCGCCCCGCCCAAGGCGGGCAGCGCCCCGUCGGGGCGGGGCACCGCCGGGCAGGGCGGCGCUGCGCCGGGGGCGGGGGGCGUCCGCCUGCCGCAGCUGGACUCGCCCCGCCUGCCUGGCUCGGAGCUCGCCCAGGCGCCGCAGGCCAGGCCGCCGGAGCUGUGCGGCCGCGGGGGCCAGGCCGCAGAGCCGUGCGCCACGCCCGGCGGGCUGGAGCUGCCCGGCUCCGCGAAGGCCUCGGGGUCACGGGCGCGCCCGGCUGCCCUGGAGCUGGCUGGCGCGGACCCGCUGCCGGCCAGGCCGGGUGCGGACGUGGGCAGGCCGGCGGCCAAGCUGGCGGCCGUGCAGUUCCGCGGGGAGUUCGCCGCUUGCCUGCACGAGGAGUUCGCCGCGUGCCUGGACGAGGGCGAGGUCGACAGGCUGCUCCGCAUCGCCCAGAGGGUCACGAGCUCCAGCCCCUCCGACACCUUUAGCACCAGCGGCGCCCAGGCCUACCGCCUCCGCGAGGCCCUGCGGCCCCUGCGCGAGAGCCCGGAGGGGGCCGCGAUGGGGUACUCGCACCGCCUCUGGGUGAACAGGGCGAUCGUGAAGCAGGCGCAGCGGAGGCGGCGGCAGCUCGCGAGCGGCAGGCCUCCAAGGGGGGAAGAAAAGCAUCCACAGGUACAGAGGGGCGUCGAUCCACAGCGUGUCCAGUGUCAUGGCAUCCGCAAGGUCUGGGCACCUUGUGGCUUCCCCAGCAGGGGCGGCGGGCGAGGUGGGCGCCGCGGAGGAGCCCACGGGGCGAUGGCAUCGGGGCGAUGGGGGAGCUCCUCGGAGGCGGAGGCGUCCCGGUCCGCGGCGCUGCAGGGGAGGCAGUCCCGUCGGCUCCUGCUGCGGCGCGGCAGCGGCGACCUCGGACCGCGGCGCGGCAGCCAGGAGAGCGACCUCGUCGGCGACUUCGUGCUCGAGGGCGAGGAGUUCUUCGGCGACGAGGCGAAGAAGCAGGCCCUGCACAACGUCUUCGGGAUAGGACUGCUGAAGGGCGUGGAUGCGUUCCGCGUCUGGAGGAAGGUGUUUGAAGCCCUCAAGGUGGAUGGCGAAGUGCAUCACACGGAUCUCCGGCGGGCGCUCGAAAUGGCUGGUUUCCAGAACCUAGACAAGGAUUGCAUCGAAGCGGCCAAGCAACAGGCGACAAAGUGGUCGACGCUGAGCGUGGCACAGUUCAACGAGUUCGCGAUUCACUUCGGGACAGAGUGUGAGAGACUUGAGGGUAAUGUGUUCAAGCAGUUUGACACCGACAGCUCAGGGCAGAUAAACAGGGGCGAGCUGGAGGGCCUGCUGAAGCACUUCGGUGUCGUCCCCAUGCGGCACGUCCUCGACGAGGUGCUGGAAGAGGUCGACAAGGACGGCUCUGGCAACAUAGGCCUUGAUGAGUUCAGGGAGGUGUUCGCGAUCCUCCGCCUGCGUGAGGGCUUCUCACGCAAAGAGUUCCAGUACCUCAACGACCUUUUCAAGAGGUUUGACCUCGAUGGCUCCGACAAGAUCGACAAGCGAGAGGUGUCACAGCUGCUCGGGUACCUCGGCUACCGCCUGGGCGCAGACGAGCAGGACAAUAUCUUGCAAGAGGUUGACGCCGUCGGGAGCGGAGAACUGGGUCAGUUCGAGUUUCUGCUCUUCAUGCGGAAGUGCCGCCAACGCGAGGCCAGCAAGUUGACAGCUGCGUUCAAAUCUUCCGAUUCGGAAGCGGAUGGGGCAUCAUGUUUUGGCCAGCUGUUGCAGGUGUUCCACCGCAUGGGCUACCAGCCUGACCCCGAAGCCGCGUGGGAGGCGGCCGAGGCUGUGGGCAUCUCCAGCAGGGAGGCCAGCCUGGACACCAGCGACCUCUGGCGCGUGCUCACAGAGUGCCGGGCGCGCGAGUGGUUCUCCAUCGCCGAGCUGCAGCAGAUCGGCCGGGCGUUCGAGGAGGCCGACGCGUGGGGCCGGGGCGAGCUAGGGGUCGCCCAAAUCGACAAGGCCCUCCUCGGCCUGGGGCUGUCGCUGAGGUCCGAGCUGCUCCUGCUCCUGGUGGGCAAGGUCGACCUGGACUGCUCCGGGCUGCUGAGCCAGGCGGAGUUCAGGAAGCUCAUCCGGCUGCACCAGCUCGGGCAGGAUCAGCUGGCGCAGGCCACGUUCCAGGACUUCCUCGACGAGGACGGCUUCGUGCUCAGCGCCUUCGACUCGUGGAGGGCCUUCUCUGCUCUUGGGCUCGUGACCAGGAGGAAAGAUAGCGACGUCGCCAGAGUCCGAGCGAUGGGCACCCUCGACUGGAGGGCCUUCCAGCAGCAGGCGCGCGCCCUCGAGAAGGAGCAGCAGAUGUUCCGCCAGAGGAACUGCGGCUUCUCCGAGCAGGCUGUGAGUGACCUCGCGAUGCGAUUUGCGCAGUUCGACACGAACAACGGCGGAACGCUCGAGAAAGGGGACCUCGUCGCCCUCAUCGAGAGCAUUCUGCCUGGCGUGGCAACCGCGCCCGAGAGCCGGCCGAUGCUGAUGAGAAUGCUAGAGGAGGCUCAAGGGCGUAGUGGCGCCCUCACCGGAAGCGACAUGCUCGAGCGUCGCGAAGCUAACGUUGGACUCACAUCAGGUCAGAUGGGGCUGAGUUUUCCGCAGUUCCUGAAGUUCCUUUCCUUGGUUCGCGUCUAUAAGGUAGACCAGCUCGUUCAGAGGGAGGAGAAGGUGAUCGAGGAGUGCGGCCUUAGCAUAUAUGAUGUACAGCAGUUUCGCGAGCUCUUCCUGGAGAACGCUUCAGGCGACGAUUUCAUGACAGUGAGUGACCUCUGGACCCUAUUCGGGACUAUAUGCCCCCUUGGCGACAAGAACAAGGCCGAGCUCCAGCAGCACUUCAUGGACGUCGUCGGGCCCACCGCGAAGAACUGCGAAGUGACAAUCACCUGCGCCGAACUGAUGAUGCUUUUGGGGAGGCUUCGCGACGCCAACUUCGGAGGCAUUCGCGACAGGUUCUCCUCAUGA